CACUGUAGUAAGCAAACUUCCGCCUUACUGGACUGUGGCAGUAUCGCUGAGUCCGGACGUGGCGUUUAUAAAAGCUACGUUUUUAACUUAAACAAGAUUUUUAAGCAGUGCGCACCAUUUAGCGCGUACCCGGAGUACAGGCUGUCCUGCUGGAGGUGGCAGAAGACAGACGCGUGUCGCUGUUCGAGCUCUCCUGCGAUUCCGACUCUAACUAGUCUGAAGAUGUUGAAAGCGGUCGUCCUCAUUGGGGGUCCUCAGAAAGGAACUCGGUUCCGCCCCUUGUCUUUCGAGGUGCCCAAACCUCUGUUCCCUGUGGCUGGUGUCCCCAUGGUCCAACAUCACAUAGAAGCCUGUGCUAAGGUUCCUGAUAUGAAAGAGAUCAUCCUGAUUGGGUUUUACCAGCCCAACGAGGAGCUUAACCGCUUCUUAGCUUCAGCCCAGCAGGAGUUUAAAAUCUCAAUCAGAUACCUGCAGGAGUUUGCUGCUUUAGGCACAGGGGGUGGGAUUUAUCAUUUCCGAGACCAAAUCCUGUCCGGAGGGCCGACUGCGUUCUUCCUGAUGAACGCUGACGUGUGCUCUGAAUUCCCUCUGGAGGACAUGCUCCGAUUCCACCGCCAGCGCGAAGGCUCCCACUGCGGAAUCAUUCUGGGCACUACGGCUAACAGAAAACAGUCUCUGAACUAUGGGUGCAUUGUGGAAAAUCAGCAAACUAAUGAGGUGCUUCAUUUUGUGGAGAAGCCCAGCACUUUCAUAAGUGACAUUAUCAACUGCGGCAUCUACUUGUUCACACCUGAGAUUUUCAGCCACAUUGGAACAGUGUUUCAGAGGAAUCAAGAAGAAAGACUUCAAGAGGAGCCUCCAUGUGGAAGGCUGUCAGAAGUGAUCCGUUUGGAGCAAGACAUCUUUACAAAGCUGGCAGCACAGAAACAACUCUACGUCUACAAAACACAGCACUUCUGGAGCCAGAUUAAAUCUGCAGGGUCAGCAAUAUAUGCCAGUCGUUUGUACUUGAAUCGCUAUCAUGAGACCCAUCCAGAAAGACUGGCCACAAAGCAAGAAGGAGGCCCAAAAAUAAUAGGAGACGUUUUCAUCCAUCCAACAGCUAAUAUUGAACCCACCGCUGUGCUGGGUCCUAAUGUCUCAAUAGGGAAAGGAGUAACAAUAGGAGCAGGAGUUCGACUGAGGGAAUCCAUUGUCUUACAUGGAGCUACGCUGCAGGAUCACUGCUGUGUGUUGAACAGCAUCGUUGGGUGGGACAGUGCAAUCGGAAAGUGGGCCAGAGUGGAGGGGACACCAAGUGACCCAAACCCCAAUGACCCCUAUGCUAAAAUUGACAGUGAGACUCUCUUCAGGGAUGGGGGUUUGACUCCCUCUAUUACUAUCUUGGGUUGCAAUGUGAACAUUCCGUCAGAGGUCAUCAUUCGAAACUCCAUCGUGCUUCCUCAUAAAGAUCUCAACAGGAGCUUCAAAAACCAGAUCAUCCUCUAGAGGGCAGCAUACACACUUUAGAAAAGUCAUUUGUUGAGCAGAAAGAAUGUAAAGAAGGAAGAACACACUGAUCGCACAGAAUAUUCUUUAGCAUACCUUUAUUUUCUCACUUGGUGUAUUUGGUGUCAUUUGUUUACAAUUGUUUGGGUACUAACUACUACUAACUAUCUAUUAAUGUUACUGACCUGUUAUAACACCUCCUUGUUUCUGCGCUCACUGUCCACUUUAUCAGCUCCACUUACUGUAUAGCUGCACUCUGUACAGUUCUACAGUUACAGACUGUAGUCCAUCUGUU